AUGUCCUCUCGCGCAAUUCGCAAGCUGCAAAAGCUGCGCGACCAAGAGUUGCAGCAAGCAGAGCAAGAAGACCAUGACUCCAGCGAAGAUGAACCGGUAGCACGGUCGUCAAAGCCAAAGUUGAACGCCUUUGAUCUCCUCAACGCGGCUGACGAUGACGAUGACGACGAACAAGCCUCCGAGGAAGAGGCUCCAGAACCCGUCACCCAGCCAGUGAAAAGCGAGCCCACUCCCCCGAAACCCACCGAUUAUAAGAAGAAGAAAAAGAAGAACAAGAAGAAGAAGGCAUCGCCGAAAGCUGCGCCGGGUGAGCAGGCUGGCGCUAAGUCAAAGGGCGCAGAGGUGGAUGAAAUCGAUCGAGCAUUGAAAGAACUGGCAGUUGAGCCCAAUCAUCCUAGGUCCGCGCCCGCAAACACCAGCGCCGCAUCGACACAGGCCGCACGCGACGCUGCAUUCGCAAAGACACCGGAGGAUCUACUGGCCAUUGAACCCAAGGCUCUCAAUGCAAACAAUGAGAUGCGCAAGUUGUUUGGCAACGUGGUGUUGGAGAAUUUCGAUCAGCCUCAGGAUUCCGGCACCGGUCGUAGGAGAGACCGGAACCGGGAAACCAUCGAUCUUGGACAGGCGCUCACGGGCAGAUAUAGUCCUGCUAGUCGAGGACAGAGCUUGGCCGGUGUCACACUACGGCGGAAUGUUCUGAUGCAGGGCAAGGACGAGUGGCCCCGCGCGCCUAGUGGAGGACUGGGAAUGGAGCUGGCCGAGAAGUUGGAUACCGGGGCUACGGUCUACCGGAUUGUCCACAAUGCUUCGUAUGAAGAUAUCCAGCGGCAGUUUGACAUCUGUGUGGAGUCGAUGGACCCUCAGAGGAUGAUCGCCCUAUUGCAAUACAACCCGUAUCAUAUCUCAACCCUUCUUCAGGUGUCGGAGAUUGCCAAGCAUCAGGGUGAUCACGCAGUCUCCGCCGACCUGCUUGAGCGGGCUCUUUUCAACAUUGGACGCUCGGCUCACUCAACCUUCAACACCCGUCUCAAGGAAGGCCAGGCAAAGUUGGACUUCUUACACGGCGAAAACCGCGAGCUAUGGCUGGUUGGUUGGCGCUACAUCGCGAAUCUGGGAAUGAAGGGGACUUGGCGGACUGCGUACGAAUGGGCGAAGCUACUGCUGAGUCUAAACGCCAGUGAUCCUUAUUGUAUCAGGCUUUUGAUCGAUAGUUUGGCUCUUCGGGGUCGAGAGUAUUCCCACUUCGUUGAGCUCUGCACGCAAACGCGAUUGAGCAAGGAUUGGCCAUCGCUACCAAACAUUCAGUGCUCCCUGGCGCUGGCCUACCUCCGACUCAACAAGCCCAAGGAAUGCCGGGAGCAGUUGCGCCGUGCCAUGUCACGUUACCCCUGGGUGUUUUGCAAGCUGGCCCAGGAGCUGGAUAUUCAGCCUAUGCCAAAAAGAAUUUGGGGCAAGAUGCCCCCCACCGAGGCUCACGAAUUGUUCACGGAGCUCUACAUCGCGCGAGCCAAGGAUCUUUGGAAUACGCCAGAGGCUGUCUCCCUCAUCGUAGAGGUCGCAGAUACUCUGGGCGAAGAGGAAGAGCCGGUGGAGCCGCCGGAGAUUACCCUUGACAUCGCUCGCCACGUCGUCGUUUCCGACAUUCCUCGCGUUACGACUCACCUUCCGGGGCGUUUUGUCUCCGGGCGGAUAUCGGCAUCCGACCCCCUGCCCCCCUAUGAUUCGGAGGCUUUCCGCCAACAGUCCGAUCCCACACCGUCAUAUCUGUCUCGGGUGCCGGAGGCUGGCCGGCCCCAAUGGCUUCGUGAUCUCAUGGAUCAACUCAACAAUGGUGGACUGCAUUUCCCCUUCCAAGGAGGAGGUGAGGGUGAGGGCGAGGGCGAAGACGAAGGCGAUACUCCGGACGAAAUCCCAGAACAUCAUCCAACCCACCAACACCCACCGGCCGACGAUGUACCGCGUUUGGAGAACUGGGUCUUUGGCACUGGCAUGUUGCAUCUAGAAGAUUUCCUUCGCCAGUAUGGAGUGGACCGUGGGAACUGGGGGGACGUGGUAGACUACUCCCCACUGACCGAGUAUGUGGAUGCCCUGGCUGUCCUCCCACCAGACAGUCUCCCGAGGAUGUUCGAAGGCAUUCAGGUGGCCUUGGGUGACUUGGUGUUGGACAUGCUGCAAGACGAGCUCCAGCUGCUACAGCAUGAAGAAGAGGAAGAGGCUUGA